CGAGGUACAUUAUUUUUUAUCGUGGUUUUAAUAUAAUUAAUUACAAGUAUAAAAUGGAAGUGAUAACUCACGGAGAAGUUGAUUUAUUCAUCGAUUGUAUCAAUAAAUCUAAAUUGGAAGAUCUCGGUUCAAAAAGAUGGUUUGAAAGUCAUGAUCGUUUACAAAAACUUAACCAACAAGCUACAAUAGAAGCAGUUGAACAUCGAGAAGAGUAUAUAAAAGAUCAAAUUAUCAGUCAUGGAAAAGUGCCUGUUAUUGUUUAUGAAUCUAUUUGUAUAGCUGUGUGGAGAGAAAAAGUAUUGCCAGAACUGCUGCGUUUAUCACGAAAUCCCGAUCAAUCAUUUACUAUAUACUUUGUUUUAUUUCACGAAACAGUUGCUAUUGGGCUGUUACAGAAGAUAUUAUUCCAUGAGGAUGGAGUGCAAGCACUUGGUUCACAUGCUUUGGAUUUAUUUGACCAUGUGUUUAUGGCAAUCACUCAUUUGGCUAUUGGGGAUUCAAACAACUUUAACCUUGGAACUCAAUCAAAAGACACUGAUAUUAAAGAUGAUAUCGAAGAACAAAAUUUGAAAAUACAAUUUGAAGUAGGCAUUGAAUGUAUUGGUAUUAUGUUUAAUAUGUUAUUGCAUAUAAAAAGUUUAUCACUAACAAUUGCCAGCAGAAUGACUAAAAACAAUGAUGUACCAAUGCUUAUUUGUCAUUUGUUAAAUAAUAAACCUUGGGUAAAAUCAGAAAAUGAAAAAACAUACAUAUUUCAAGAAAACGUAUGGAAAAUUAAAAAAACAAAUGAUAAUUUAAUACCAAAACAAGAAGCCCACCUAUGGAUGAGUCUUUACGAAUUUUUCAUGGCCGAACAAUUGCGUAAUAAUUAUGAAAUAACCCAUUUUAGAAAAAAAAAUCUUGUUCAACUACAGAGCUUAUUGAACGAUAAUAUUUUAAAUCAAAUUUCUCCUCUUAUAAAUUUAAAAGAAUGUUUAUAUCGGCUAACCUUAACUGAAGCAUCAAUGAUUAAUAAAAGUCCAAUUUUUAUAGAAAUUACAGCUGAAAUUAGAAAAACUCUUCAAGAAUCUUACUCUAAAAAAUGGAAAAAAAUUGCUAAGGUACAGUCAUCGUACUUGUUUGGAAACGAUAUUAAUGACAUUGCAAAAUCAUUAAGUAAAACAUAUGAAAAUAUAGCUAAUUUUGAAAUCCAAGAAAAAAUUUGUGCUAAUUGCCAGCAGCCAGCAAAAAACCGAUGUUCUCAAUGUAAAAUUAAAUGGUAUUGUAGUAGGAAAUGUCAAGUCAAUGACUGGAAUACACACAAAAAUAACUGUCUAAAAAUUUAAUACUAUAUAACCUUAGUUUAGUAACUUUUACUAAUUUUUAAUUCAAUUUUGUAUAAUUUCUUAUUCAUUUGUUUAUAAUCCAUCAAAUAUGAAAAAUAUUUGUCUUUUGUGUAAAUUAAUCAACUUAAUAUUUUUAUAAAAUUCUAAUCAUUAAAAAAACAAUAAUAAUAAUUAA